GAAAAGCAGAAACGCCCACGUAGAAUGUUUGCAUAUUACAGCAGAAUUUUUUCCUUGAGUGGAAGCUCUGUCUCCUUCCUCACGCUAAGAGGAAAUGGCCGCUAAACUAAGAGUCCCGCGACCAACAUCCACACGCUUGUCCUCACUCUCCCUUGACAAAUCCCUGAAAUCACUGAAAAACCUCUCCAAACCCCCACCCAAGCUCUGGCCUGGAGACCCACAACCUCAAACAGCAGCCUUUGAGUACCAAGAAUUGCCGGUUCUGGAUCUAAAUCAUCCCAUUUUGUGUACACUAGAAUCAUGCACCAGUUUCAGAGAGUUCAAUCAAAUUCAGUCCAGACUCAUUGUCUCUGGCCUCUUUGAACACUCUCUCGUGGCGAGCAGGGUAAUCAAGAAACUAUGCACUUCUUUAAACUCGGUUUCCCGUGCUGUCUUUAUGUUUGACUGCAUCAAAGAACCCGAUGCUUUUAUCUGUAAUACUGUUUUGAAGGGAUUGUUGAAUCUCAAUGACCCAGCUGGAGCUCUUAGUUUUUACUAUGAGAAAAUGGUGGCUAGAUUGGUUGAGCAGAACCAUUUUACAUUUCCGUUAUUGGGGAAAGUUUGUGCAGAAAUUGGGUCUUUGAGGGAGGGGGAAAAGGUUCAUGCAAGGGUUUUGAAACUUGGGUUCCAGAGUGAUUUGUUUAUUAAGAACUCCUUGAUUCAUAUGUACCCUGUUUGUGGGGAUAUGGGGGCUGCACGCCAGGUGUUUGACAGCGGGUUUGUAUUGGAUUUGGUGAGUUGGAAUUCGAUAAUUGAUGGUUAUGUAAAGAAUGGAGAGAUCGGUAUUGCGCGUGAGCUGUUUGAUGAGAUGACUGAGAGGGAUAUCUAUAGUUGGAAUUCUAUGCUGGCAGGGUAUGUAGGUAUCGGCGACAUGGAGGCAGCAUGGGAACUGUUUGAUAGAAUGCCAUCCAGAGAUGUUGUUUCUUGGAAUUGUAUGGUUGAUGGUUAUGCAAGAACUGGAAAUGCAUCUAUGGCUCAGGAGUGUUUCGAUCUGAUGCCCAAGAGGAAUGUGGUUUCUUGGAAUACCAUGCUAGCUCUGUAUGCAAGAUGUAAGAACUAUGCCAGCUGUUUGACAUUGUUUGACAUGAUGAUAGCAGGAGGGGAGGUUAGGCCAAAUAAUGCUUCUCUUGUUAGUGUCUUGACAGCAUGUGCAAAUUUGGGGAGACUGGAUAGAGGCCAGUGGAUUCAUUCUUAUAUUAAAGGUAGUAGGAUAGAAUGUGACAUGCUUCUCUCAACAGCUCUUUUAACAAUGUAUGGAAAGUGUGGGGCUAUGGAUCUGGCAAGAAAUGUGUUUAAUGAGAUGCCUGAGAAAAACGUGGUGUCCUGGAAUUCUAUGAUCAUGGGAUAUGGUACACAUGGCUAUGGUGAGAAAGCUCUAGAGCUGUUCUUAGAUAUGGCAAAAGGAGGACCAAUGCCAAAUGAUGCUACUUUUGUUUGUGUUUUAUCUGCAUGUUCACGUGACGGAAAAGUCUUAGAGGGUUGGUGGUGCUUCAAUCUAAUGUGCCAGGUUUACAAGAUUGAACCCAAGGUAGAGCACUGUGGUUGCAUGUUUGAUCUACUUGGUCAGGUUGGCUUGGUCAAACACUUGGACGAGCUUAAGAAGACAAUGCAUGAGGAAGGACCCAUCAUAUGGAGAGCGCUUCUUUCUGCAUGUAAAGCACACUCUCUUUUAGAGCUUGGAGAGGUUGUUGCCAAGUGGUUAAUGGAAUUGGAGCCGAUAGAUAUUGCACCAUACGUGUUGUUAUCUUACGUAUAUGCAAUGGAAGAGAGGUGGGAUGAUUUAGAAAAUGUCAGAAAGAUGGUAAAAGAAAGGGGUCUGCUAAGAACAUUAUGGCCCAUCCAUAGUCACUCUGGAGAGUCAGGGUCUAAAUUUUUCUUAGAAAAUACUUCAGCUAGUAGGAGAACUGUGAUGUACUCCAUGUUGAAAGAGAUGGAUGUCAAGUUGAAAACAUCUUCUAUAGAUUUUGUUGAGGUUUCAGAGCUUUAAAAGGACAGAGAAUGAAGCUUGGUUCUUCACUCACUGCAUCUCCACUCUGAAGGGAGCUGCAUAUUUGUGUGGAGAAUAGAAGUUUGGAUGAAAAUAUAUUUGGAGAAAAUACAUGGGCUAAGGUAAG